CAAGCUGAGCUUUCCAUGUCAGUGAGCAAGUAAGUAGUUUGACCGAGUCUGACCCUCUAGGAAUGGGAGCAUUGUAGCUCAUAUUCGAAGGAAACAUCCAAGUGUGACUGCCUAUUUCCAAGAAAUGUGUCAUUCCUGUCGCGUUGAACCUUUCCCUAUAUCAGUGUCAGCCUGUGAAUGAAAUCAUGAUUAUCUGCCUUCUGCUGAGUUCCUUUCUCAUCCAAGCAGCUGAAGGACUCGUCAAUCAGUCACUCUUCACUCGUCAGUCAGUCAUACCACAACUUCAAGAUGUACGCGGUAACAUAAUGACUAAUGGGAUUGAUGUGUCCUGGACGGAUGAGGCCUCUUUUGUUGACAAGCAAGAAAAAAAUAUUUAUGAUAUUGAAAUCUACGCUGAACAGGCAGAACCAGUGCACAGAGGGUCUAUUGAGAGAAGUCUGGACAUUUUGCAUCACUGGCACUGGACCUCUCCCCUGCCACUCCAGUGUCUCCGACAUGCAGUGAGACUUCGAUACCACAAUGCCAGCGAGUGGACAGAUCUUAAAUAUGUCACAGGUUCAGAUCCUGAUUAUUCACUGUUUAGGAAAGGAACUCCAGUCAUUUAUCCACGUGACGACACUGACAUUACUUUCCUGGCUGGCAGUCGAAAAACAUUCUGUUGCCUCGCUCCUAAUGGAACCACACUAGAAUAUUUUCCAUACCAAAACCAAAAGAUGAAAUCUAUUCGUGUAGGGCAGACCUACUUUGUGGAUUUGGUGCUUAAUGCCACUGGAAUUGCUGGUGAUUAUCUAUUGUGUGGGGUGGAUAACGGUCAGAAUACAGGAUCCGUUGUGUACGUUGGAUAUUCUCCAGAGGUUCACAACUUUACAUGCGAGACAAGAAACCUCCGUGAUCUUAACUGUUCUUGGACACAGGGUAGAGAUAAAAACCUAAAAGGACUCCGUCGUACCAAAUAUAUUCUUAAUGAGGGUGUAAGGCCAUGUGAAACACAAUUCCAGUCUUCAGACCAGAAGUUCUGUUUCUCAGAAAUAUCUCCAAAUCAGGGGGAAACAGCAUGGAUACUGACAGCAGAAAAUAAAAUCAAUAAAACAAGUUUCACUUAUACAGUUGACCCCAGACACAGAGUGUAUUUGCCGUCUCCUCAACAUCUAAAAGCCUCACAUGUAAACUCCAGGAAUGCUAGUAUUCAAUGGCAUUGGCCUGAUGCCAACCUGAUGUUAUUAUCAAUGCAAUGUCAAGUACAGAUAACGUGGCCCAACAAAACAGAAGAUGUGAGAGAAGACACUGGAGUGGGCCUGAUCUCUAUGACCCUACGUGAUCUUCACCCGUACACUAACUAUUCCAUCAAGGUGCGAUGCGCCUCGAACAAGCACUUCUGGAAGUGGGGAGACUGGGCUGAAAUAAUCACAUUUCAAACCAAAGAGGACAUUCCUCAGGCUGUGGAUGUCUGGAUGACAGUCGACAACAACAACAGGAGUCUUGUGGUGUGGAAGAAGCUAGAAACUGAGCAGAGUCAUGGAGAGGUAAUGUCGUAUGAACUGUCAUGGAGUGACCUCCAUAAGACGUUGAACCCAACACAACACUGUUACAACAUGGACACUAUGAAUACAACUAUCACCAUCAAAGCCUUGAACAACGUUGGCUACUCACAGCCUUCAACCAUCACCAUCCCAUCACAAACAGGAGAUGUGGAGACAACACGUGUUAAUGGCAGUAAUGGCGGUGUGGAGUUGACCUGGGACUCGACGCCUGGGGCCAGUUGUGGGUAUGUGGUGGACUGGUACCCUGUGGGCAGCCAGGACAAGUGUGACAUCCAGUGGAUAAAGAUACCAGCUGGCCAAACAAAUGCUACAAUCAAUUCAGGGCUUAAAGAUGGCGUGCGAUAUACAUUUUCUCUCUAUUCCUGUACAUCAAAUGCCCCAAAGCUACUGCAGAGAUGGGAAGGUUAUGGCCAAGAGCUAGCCCCAGACAAGGAACCAGUCAAUUUCCAGGGUAAGCAGGAUGGUAUGGAUGUUGUCCUCACCUGGGAGGAGAUACCCUUGAAGCACCGGAGAGGAUUUAUUCAGCGAUAUGAGAUCGAGUAUUCCCCCAGUUCCCAGGGACCAUAUAAGACAGUGCCCGUUUUAGUCGGUGAGAAUGGGAUGCAGACGAGGAUUCCCCAACUCAGUGCCGAGACCUAUAAAUUCUCAAUAUAUCCUUUCACAUCUGGGGGCAAAGGUAGCAAACCAGCAAUAACUGCAGUCGAGCUUACCUCACAGAUUUCCCAGAUCAUUGUAUACAGCAUCGUAUCACUAGCAGGAGCCAUCACGUUGUUCCUUCUAUUCACCUGUCUGUGCUACCAGAAAAGGGCAUGGCUCAAGGAUAAGGUGUACCCAGACAUCCCAGCCCCUCAAAUUCAAUGGUUGGACGCAAAGGGAUUCCAUGACUGCAAGUUGGCUGAGUUACCUGCUGAGCCUGUGGAAUAUCUUGUGGCUUCUCCCAUACCAGUCAGUGAUGUCAACCUAAAGGUCACAAACAAUGUUGCGCACAAUGUCCUCUUGCCACUGUACAAGAAUGUCACAGACUCACAACUGUCAGACUGUAAAUUCCAUUCCAGCACGGACAUCCCUAUUUCCGAGAUGGACAACCCCACCUACAACCUGCUGGUAUCUGUUAGAGAGGCAGAGAAAGCCGCACCAGUGACCACAGCGGUGGUCACCACACUAGGAUACAAACCCCAGCUGUCUGUAGAAUCCUCUGAGCUGCCGUUAUGCUUAGCCUCCUCUUACCAGGCUUUGGACGAUGCCUGCGGUGGUCAACAGCUGACUGCUUGUAACACUCAAUUGGAAAGCGAAGACUAUAUUUCAGUUGGCUUAGUAGGAAGCCCUACCUCAGUCAACUCUUCACAGCCCUUGCUUGGAGACUCAUUUCAAUUUGGACAGCAUGCCUAGCUAUGUCACAGUGUCAAGAGAUGAUGCUGAGUUGCUGAUGCAGUGCACAGCGGCACCUGCUUUUGAAUCUGACGUAAUAGCUGGACUAUAAGUUGCAUCUUGCUCAGACACUGUCCUGUUAGGUGUUAUCACACUGGCUAUAGUGAGCAGUUUCUUGUGCUUGUAUUAAGCUCCUUGCUAGAUGUUGGCUGUAUUGCAGCACCCGAAGUCACAGCACUGAAUGUACUCAAAUAUUGUGUGUGUGUGUAUGUGUGUGUGUGUGUGUGUGUGUGUGUGUCUGUGAAAGAGAGUGAGAGUGAGAGAGUGUGAGAGAGACAGAGAGAGAGAGGGGGGGAGUGGGACUGAACUGUUUGACAGGAUCAUUUUGUUUGUCAUUUUUUGUUCUAUAGAGCAGCUGAAGAAGGACCAUGUUGGGAAUUAUUUUUUAGAGGUGGAGGUGUUAUGGCUAGCGUUAGCAUGGCGUGGUCAUAUUAGACAUGUUUUUUUUUUCCUUUCUUGGGACACCAGAGCAGGCAGCUAGGCUGAUAGUGAAAUUAAGCUUUUGGUGUCCAAAAAAGGGGACCAAAAGGAAGAUACAAUCAUGUCUUACAGGCAUAAACUGGAACACACACAUGCAGACACACACACACACACACACACACACACACACACACACACACACACACACACACACACACCUGACCUCCCUGCCACACACAUUCACACCUUCACACACACCACACUGAUGGCACAGGAGUUUGAACCUCACUCCUGCUGGCCCUGGCAAAGUGUUGUUUAGCAAGCUUGAGCAAGUCACGGUACCCCAAUCCUCUUGGUGUGGAUUUACUUGUAUGGCGAAUGAGUGUGUGUGAAUGGGUGAAUGUGAGGCAUUAAGUUGUAAAGCAUCCUCAGCGCUUGGAGGAGUAGAAAAGCUGUAAAGGUGAACUACUGAAUGCAAGUUUUUGUUAGCUUAAUUUACCUUAACUGAUCAGUUUCAGAGUCAUUGGAAUGGUUAUUUGACUUAUUCCAGGUUGAAUGAUGGCUGUCUCGCUUCCCCCUAUCACCUGUGAGCGGAAAAAACACGCUUGCAAGUUUGUGCCACCAGGCCAGUGCACUGACAAACAGAGAGUCCCGCAGCCUCGCGAUCAUGCUCAUGCAAAAGCAGACUGACCAAUUGAGGAGUGUUGUAAAAUAUAUACGCUAAAGCUGUAGGGGAAGUGUAAAACAAGGAAACAGCUAAGAAAUAGCCAAACCUGCAUAGUUCCUCUUUAAAUGCAAGCUCGCUUUCAUACACAUAGAGUUUCAGGAGUAGGGAAUUAAGUAGGGGACGUUGAAAACUUGAGAUAAUGACAUUGAAAUGUAUUCUCUCUGCUUAGAGAAAAGGCUGGACUCUCUCGCACACACACACUCACAGAUGUUGUUCAGAUAUAUACUCAAUUGGUCAGUACCCCGAGUGAGCAUUUGGGUGUUUUUAGUGUGACUACAAACACCCAAAUGUUCGCUUGGGGUAUUGACCAAUUGACUGAACAACAAAGAAAGCACUAAAUGUGAUCUACAGCACUAGUAAUCUAAAUGUGAAUUAUGCCGUCUAAUCUAAAUGUGAAUUAUGCCAUCUAAUCUCAAUAUGAAUCAGACACAUUCAUCCCAAGCGCUAUGUUAUGUUUCAUCACACAUCCAUUUCAAGACCAUGCCUGUUAUUAACCAGGGCUGACUCUAGGCCGACCUCAGCCUAUUAUGGGGGCAUGAUUUUAUAUAUGCCUCCAGAGUGUAGCACUAUAGCUGCAGGGCAUGGAUGGGCAAAAAUACAUCAAAAUGUAUUUUAAAAUGAACACAGUCAGUCAGCAGAUGAAUAUGCUGACUUGCCUGUUACAUCUCAGAUGCUACUGUAGAUCAGAGAUGCACUCAAAAAGUCCCAACUGAACUUGUCAAGCGGUACAAAGUGUGUCUUACAUCGUCAAUGCAUAGAUUGAGCAAUGUUGCAGGAUAACCACAUAUCCGGUUCGAUGUAGAUAAUCUCACAAUCAGUAUGCGCUUUCAAAAGGGUAAAAAAAUGAAACUAUCUAUAAAUGUGAAUCGUCUGGGUUUUACACAUUAUAUGCCAGUAGACAGAUUUAAAAAAAAAUGUGUCAAUGUAUUUUCUUGGGGAAAAAAGAUUCAAGAAGGGAUGAUAUAUGUAUGAAAACAUGUAUGAAAACUCAAAGUAGAUUGUCUGUCUACUUGAGUAGAUAUCCCACCUGAAACAUUUGAAAUCCUGCUGAUGGGUUGCACUGUCUGCACUGCAAGAAAUUUUACUGAUUGUAUGUGUAUGUGAGAUGAAUAUGCAUUAUUAAGUUUGUUGUUGUAAAUACACAAAUU